GUUAAGGUGUUCAGGGACAUGUGUGAGGAGGCAGCGGCCAGGCGGAGGAGACCAGCCCAGCCCAGUCCAUCAGGACCAAGAUGCUGUUCAGAGCCACCCCAGACUACGUCACCAAGGGAGAGCCCAUCAUGAAGGAUGCCCUGAGGGAAGUGGAGACUCUCCAUGUGCUGGUGAAUGGCAGUCUGGGCGGGGCCGUGGGGCAGCAGGUGUCCAGUACCCAGGAUGCAUCGGGGGGUAGUGUGGGGCCGGUUUGUCUGCCUCGUCGCGCUGAGACCUUCGGAGGCUUCGACAGCCACCAGAUGAACAUCUCCAAGAACGGAGAGAAAGAAGAGGGGGAGGACUCAUUAGACCUUCGGAGGACUGAGUCAGACAGUGUGUUGAAGAAGGGGGGCAACAACAACCUAUUGCUGCUGCUCAAGAGGAACAGUGAGCAGGUCCUCCACAGUGUCACAUAUCUCCAUGAUCUCCUCAACACGCUGCAGGCAGUGGUGGUUCAGCAGGACACCUUCAUCGAGGACCAGCGUCAUGCUCUGGCUGAGCGGCCAGCCUCCCGCCACUCCUCCACCUCCUCCCUGUCCUCCUCCUCCUCGCGGCCCAACUCCCUGAUCGAGCAGGAGAAGCAGCGCAGCCUGGAGAAGCAGAGGCAGGAGGUGGCCAACCUGCAGCGCCAGCAGGCGGCCCACGCCGACGAGAGGAGGAGGAGAGAGAGGGAGUGGGAGGUGAGGGGAGUCGGGGCUGAGCGACAGGGAGGCGCAGGUGAAAGAGCAGGACGAGGGAGACGUUGAGGAGGCGCGGGCAGCUGGAUGAGGAGAGGCAGGAGCUGCAGAAGAGGAAGGAGGAGUAUCAGAGGGAUCUGGAGAGGCUGAGGGACGCCCAGAGGAAGCUGGACAGAGACAGGGAUACUCUGCGGCGGGAGGCUGAGAUGGUGGAGCAGAUGAAAAAGGCUGAGGCAGAGCAGGCACACAGGACCCAGCGGACGCCCUCCACCACCUCAGAGGAGUCCAUGAAGUUCCAGAGUUCCACCUCUCUGGAUAAAGAGCCUGGUGGAGGGAGGCAGAGCUGUCCUCCUCCCCCGCCACCAAAGAACCCUUUCUCAGGAUGGGCUCCAAGAGGAA